CAGGUCUUGGCGGGAGUUUCGUGGACAAGGUGGGCGCCGAGGGCGGCGCCAUGGCCCAGCGGUGGCGGGUGCGGUCCCCUGGGCGUGCGGGUGCAAGAUAUUCAAAGAACGCUUUAGGAAGAACACAUUCCGUGAAAGAUAAAGCUGGUCAAAAGCACAAGCAUACUGAUGUGUUUGAUUUUCCUGAUAAUUCUGAUACCUCAAGCAUUGGCAGACUGGGUGAAAAUGAGGAAGAUGAAGAACUUUUUGAAACCUUUGAUCCUCCUUUACACAGCACUGCUAUAUAUGCUGAUGAAGAAGAAUUCUCCAAACAUUGUGGAUCAUCUAUCCCUUCGAUCUCUCAAGGAAAAGAAGCAAAAAGAAGUGUGAACACUUCUGAAAAUGAAGCAAAUGAAAAUGAAUCUGUAGAAAUCCGUGCAAAAAAGCCAGCAGGAAAACUGAAACCCAUUAGUGAUGAAUCUGAAAGCAGUGAAAAAGGUAAUAUCAGAAGAAAAGUUAAAUCAGCAGAGAGAAUAAGUACACAACAACAUGAAGCUAUUCCAACUACAGCAUCUUCAGAACUUUCAGAAAAAAGAGUUGAAUCGGUCAUUACUAUUGCCCAGUCCUCUGUUGGAAAAGAGACCCUGGCAACAGACAAUCAUCUGAAAACUCAGAAAAAAGGGAAGAUGUCUUGUGGCAAAAAGAAGAAAUCAAGAAGUGAAGCUGUAGACUCAGAUUUUUCCAACAGUGUGCAUCUUUGGUGUCUAAAAGAAAAGAAAAUCAGUGACAUCAUGGAGUUAGAUGUUGUUCUGUCUGCAUUUGAGAAAACCGUCCUGGACUAUAAGCAAAGAAUAGAAUCUAGAAUUUGUAAGGAAGCUGUCAACAAAUUUUACUUUGAUAUUAAAAAAGAACUCAUCAAAAUGCUUAAAGAAGUCCAGAUGUUGAAAAAUCUGAAAAGGAAGAAUGCUAAGAUGAUUUCAGACAUUGAAAAGAAAAGGCAGCGUUUAAUUGAAGUCCAAGGUGAACUGCUUCGGUUAGAACCACAGCUGAAACAACUGCAAACAAAGUAUGAUGAACUUCAGGAGAGAAAGUCUUCCCUUAGGAAUACAGCAUAUUUCUUAUCUAAUUUAAAACAGCUUUAUCAAGAUUACUCAGAUGUUCGCAAGAAAGAACCAAACGUAAAGGAAAAGUAUGAUUCAUCCAGCCUUCCAGCUCUGUUAUUUAAAGCAAGAACCCUUUUGGGAGCUGAAAACCAUCUGCAAAACAUCAACCAUCAAUUAGAAAAGCUCCUUGACCAGGAAUGAGAAGACCAGCCUACUAAAAUGUGCCUAUCUAGUCUGUUAUCUUCUGAAACUGUACUUUUGUAAAUAAAAAUCUUUUCACAAAAAGUAUUGUCAAAA